AUAAGCAAUGAAAGGAAGUCCCUCUUGAAUGGAGCGCCUGUGUAGCACAACCGCUGCGGCCAAACUAGACACUUCGAGCCUUAAAAUGACAUCAGGAAGGAAGCAGGGCUGAUAUCAAGUAUGUUACAGGUAAUAUUAUCCUGCUCCCAGUGCUCCAACAUUACUACUGUUCCCCAAUUGCAACCUCAAUAUCCAUCCUGGGACACUGAAGGCUAAGUUUAGUGAUAAUAACUCACCAUUAUUUUUCUAAUCUAUUAGGAGAUAAUUAAAGAAUCUUUCAAGAUAACAUACAAGCAUUUUUAACAGGCAGUAGGUGGGUAGUCUGUGGGUGGGGAUCUUGCAGAAACAAAACUCUGUAGGGAUUUUAUUUUUCUUAUCCACCCAAGUAUCUUCGCUGUAUAGGACACGUGCACAGCGUAGGCUUUCCAUAAUAAUUGUAUGAAUAAAACUUAAGCUAAGGAGGACUAUUAAACUUUUGCCAAUGCUGAAUCAUAAUCGGAAGGCAGCUUGUCAGGGCCUGUGUUGCAAGCAAUUGCCCAAUAGAAAACAGGAUUUGGGGCUGAACUAACAAUAUAAAAUCAUUGCUGUCUCCAGAGAGACAGAAAACUUGAGUAGUCAGUGCUAUCCCUGAUAUGAGAGGUCUCUGAGAUUACUAAUAAGAAACCAAUUCGGGGUGCAAGAGAAGGGUGAAAAGAUAGGUGACAUGAACUAAUCAGAAUCCUCAAAGGAUCCACGAAGAAAUGCCUCGUAACAAAAGGUGAAAUUGUAGACGAGUAAAGCAAAAUACAGCGAGGUUAUUUUCUUUUCCUAUUGAUAUGGGGACUCUCUAAUGGAAGUUCUGGAUAUUAUCAGACCCAGUUAAAGACUGCAGUUCUGAUAACCUCUUCACCAUCCAUAGACUGAAACAAACAGACCGGGCAACUGUAAAGACCUGUCAAAGACCCGCAUCCAGAGAGACAAGAAGCACCUAGCCCAGAGAGCAAAGUUCCUAUGACCAGCCUACUGACAACAUUCUGGAAAGGGGCCCUAGGGCUGCGUGCCCGCGAUGGUGGCGCUCACCGAGGGCCAAGGCAAAUCCAAAGGUUUGCAAAUGGCACUACUGAGCAGGGAAGAUCCUGGAGGUGGCUGACCCAAAGGGCGCUGAGCCCACACUCAACGAACCAAUGGCCGUGGAGAUAGGGCGGGCCGUCGAGGCAUCGGGCCAAUGGGAGUGCGGCAGGGCUGGAGGGCGCCCCGGCCUCAGCGCCACGGUUUGCCGCCUAGCCCGGGCCGAUGUGGGAGCCCCCCGGAGUCCAGGCGUGUGCAGCGGCGCUCGCGGGCGCUCUCCUCCUGGUGCUUUCCGUGCUGGUGGUCCGCCAGCUCCUGAGGCAGCGGCGACCGGCGGGCUUCCCCCCGGGGCCACCGCGGCUGCCAUUCUUUGGCAACAUCGGCUCCCUGGCCAUGUCUGCCGAGCUCCCCCACGUCUACAUGAGGAGGCAGAGCCGGGUAUAUGGCGAGGCUUACUCAAUUCCAGAUAUGGCCGAGGAUGGAUUGAUCACAGAAGAUUGGCUGUUAACAGUUUUCACUAUUUUGGAUGUGGCCAAAAAUCUUUUGAAUCUAAAAUCUUAGAAGAAACACAGUUUCUAAUUGAUGCUAUUAAAACAUACAGAGGUAAACCUUUUGACCUCAAACAACUAAUAACAAGUGCUGUUUCAAACAUAACUAAUCUUAUCCUUUUUGGAGAACGAUUUACUUAUGAAGACACUGAUUUUCAGCACAUGAUUGAGUUAUUCAGUGAGAAUGUGGAACUAGCUGCCAGUGCUCCUGUCUUCCUGUAUAAUGCAUUUCCAUGGAUUGGCAUAUUACCUUUUGGAAAACACCAAAAGCUAUUCAGAAAUGCAGAUGUGGUCUACGAUUUCCUUGAAGGACUUAUUGAAAAAGCUGCAGUCAACAGAAAGCCUCAUUUACCUCAGCAUUUUGUUGAUGCUUAUUUAGAUGAGAUGGAUCAAUGUGAAAAUGAUCUUUUAUCUACGUUUUCCAAAGAGAAUCUGAUUUUUUCAGUGGGUGAACUCAUCAUUGCUGGAACUGAAACUACAACCAAUGUGCUACGCUGGGCAGUUCUUUUCAUGGCUCUUUAUCCUAAUAUUCAAGGACAAGUUCAUAAAGAGAUUGAUUUAAUUAUGGGCUACAGUAGGAAGCCUUCUUGGGAAGACAAGUGUAAAAUGCCUUAUACUGAAGCAGUUUUACAUGAAGUUUUAAGAUUCUGUAAUAUAGUUCCACUGGGGAUUUUCCAUGCUACCUCUGAAGAUGCAAUUGUACGUGGUUAUUCCAUUCCUAAAGGCACAACAGUCAUUACAAAUCUUUAUUCUGUUCACUUUGAUGAAAAGUACUGGAAAGACCCAGACAUAUUCUAUCCUGAGCGAUUUCUGGACAACAGUGGAUGUUUUACUAGAAAGGAAGCCUUCAUUCCUUUUUCUCUAGGGAGAAGACAUUGUCUUGGAGAACAGCUGGCUAGAAUGGAAAUGUUCUUGUUUUUUACAGCAUUACUUCAGCAGUUUCAUUUGCAUUUUCCACAUGAGCUAGUUCCAAACCUGAAACCCAGGUUGGGCAUGACAUUACAACCCCAGUCCUACCUCAUCUGUGCAGAAAAACGCAGAAAGUGCACAACUGUAUUAGGGGAUUACCUUGUUUAAUCAAUAAUGGUAUUUGAGCCAAAGUCACAGUUUUAUAAAGCCAAGUGAACACGGAUACAUUGUUUAAACUAGUACUAGAGCAAUAACAAGCAUUAGCUGUUAUUUUUUCUAACUUCCAUGAAUUCCUGUAGAAUGUAUUGAAUGACACAAAGGUGCAAGUGUUGUGUAGAUACUAAAAGGGGCCAUGGAUGCACUAAACAGAAUUCUUGUUUAGUGUAAGUUUCCUCAGAUCUGGCUCCAUCCUGGGGAACUUUGCUUUUUGCUCCCAAACUGAUUCCUCUAUAAUCAAGUGUUGUGAUUAGCAGACUGUGAUAUCAGUCCAGGACUAAAGAAGAAAUAAAACCCACAUAAAUUAAUUUUGACUACAGAAGAAUUUAAGAUAUCAUGGUAGGCAAUGGAAAAGCUUUAUAUUUAAUAUAGACUCUUCCAGUGCUUUCAGAUAUUCCUCUCUACUAUGUAUUUAUAAGAAUUGUGUCAUUCUUCCUAUAAACAAGAGUUUCUGUGAUCCCUGAGCAUCCACCCUUACAGCAGCAGUUCAGUAUAUAAAAAAUACAGUAUGCAGUUGGCUGUUUAUUCUUUCUUUGUAGGCACAGUCAUUACACUUUUCCUGGCACCACUUAUCUCUAAGACCAGUCACAGAACUCAGAUUCAAACAUCUUAUCUUUUUUUUUUUUUUUUUUUUU